AUGGCGGCCCAUACCAGGCGGCACAUCACCUUGCCUCCGCCUACGGAUGAGCGCCGCCCUCUGCUCGGCAGACAGCGCUCCAACUACCAUGGCAGCGCAGAGGAGACGGGUGACCAAGUGUACAGCUGCAUGUCCAAUCCUCACAGCCACCUCCCCGUCUACACCAACAUCCAUCGCAUACGUCGUGACAUCAUCAGCGUUGUCGAGGACUACCUAAGCUUGGAGCAGCUGCGUGAUGUGCGAAUCAACGUGACGGUAAUUCGACCACUGGUGGACAAGUUCUACGAGCUAGAGGAUAUCUCCAUCAUCUACUGCUUGCUGGUGAACCGCGCUCAGUUCCUCGUGGAGGAAGGGUACUCGGGCACGAGGCACAAUGUCAACUGGACGCGCGCCACGCUGUGCGAGCUGAUUGCCACGCGCAUCCUGCGCCGCUUCGGCGAGGAUCACGACGGCCCGGACGGCCUGCUGCUCCUCGCCCACGUCCUCGUCGCCGGCUUCGAGCCCUUCCAGAAUGCCCCGGAGCACAUCCGCAAGGAGGCCGAGGCCAAGACGUCGUGGACCCUCCACCGCACCCUGCCGUCCCUCGAGGUCGCCAUUCUUACCGAGAGCAAGCACUUUCUCAGCUCCAGCACCUGCCACUACGUCGUCUCGGCCAUUUACGACGGCCGCGUCAUAUACACGCCCUCGACCUUUUGGGACAUCAUUCCCGACCACUACAAGCUGAAGCCGAUAUCGCUGUAUGACCCCAGGGAAUCCCCGCUGCUCAACCAGUACCGCUUGAUCGUGCCCAGGAACCGCAACAUUCUGGAGCAGAUCCAGUUUGCCAUUCUCCUGACCCUCUACGUCGGCGUCAUGCUGGUGAGGGAGAAGGAGGGCGUGACGGGGCUGGAAGCUGCAUUCGCCAUCUAUGCGUUUGGCUGGGGCUUGGACCAGUUUGCCACCAUCUUGGCUCACGGGUGGGGCGUCUAUACCCAGAAUCUUUGGUCCUUCUUGGACGUCACCUUUGUCUGCAUCUACGCUAUAUACCUGGUGCUCAGGCUCCACGGGUUCCGCCUGGGCAUUGCCAAGCCGGGGGAGCAAGCCUUUGAUGUGCUAGCCCUGGCUGCUCCCGCCCUGAUACCCCGAGUUGCCUUUACCUUGUUGUCGGACAAUCUUGUCCUCUUGUGUUUGAGGUCCAUGAUGGCGGAUUUCUUCUUCCUCACAGCCCUUUCAGCCUGGUGCUUUUUUGGAUUUCUGCUGGCUCUUCUGUGGCUGGGCGAUGGCGCUCACCCAAUCGCCACAAUAUCAAAGUGGAUGAUAUACAUUUGGUUCGGGCUGGACGGGACUGGCAUACAGCGCUCUACAGAGUUUCACUGGCUACUAGGCCCGAGUCUGAUGGUUGCGUUUGCCUUUCUUGGAAACACGCUCUUCCUGACGAUUCUCGUCUCCAUGCUAUCAAACACCUUUAGCAAUAUCUCGGCAAAUGCAACUGCAGAGAUUCAAUUCCGACGAGCUGUGCUGACGCUGGAAGGGGUCAAGGCCGACGCCGUGUUUGCCUACCAACCUCCCUUCAACCUGCUGGCGGUUUUCUUUCUGCUGCCCCUCAAGUUCGUUGUCAGCCCUCGAUGGUUCCACAAGAUCCAUGUUGCCCUCGUCCGGCUCGUCAAUCUCCCGCUGUUGCUGGUCAUAGCCGUCGCAGAGCGGCGUUUGCUGUGGCCGUCCAAACCCGGCAGCAGCCGCACCAUCGCCCCGCGCGCAAAGAGGUGGUUCUGGCACAAGUGGCAGCUCUCCGCCCACCGCUACUUGCGUGCGGUUUUCCAGGUGCCACCGCCCGAAGUCGUCCACGGCGACAUUGCCGUGGACGAUGACCUGACGCAACACCUGAUCCGGCGGCAAUUCACGCGACAACCCACGGCCGAAGGGCAGGAACCGCAGCUGCGAAAACCAUCGCGUAGGGACUCGAUGUUUCCGCACAAGAUGAGGGGAUCCUUUAGCGAAGAUGCGGGCAGCCUCGAGGCAAUGGCCGCCAAAAUGCAAGUCAUGGAGAAGUCGAUGCAGAGAAUGGAACUGCUCCUCUCCAACUUUGUGUCCGUGGAUGACGAAGCGGUUGUCGAUGGGUCAGAGGACGGAUUGGACGAGAGUGGCACGUUGCGAGAGUCAACAGCAGGUUUUACCACCGAGGCGUCCAAUAUCUGA